CCCAGAACUAUAGCCCUAGCGUAGAAGAAUCUCAAUUUCAACAGAUUGUCACCCAAAGUCAGUUUUAAAUACAUAGUGGGAACUGGGAAGGUAAAGCGUGUCGAUUGGGAAGGAUCUGAUCUGAAGAUGCAGUGCUCAAGGCGUUUCCUCUUCCAGAUGUGUCUGAGUUUGCUGGUGUCCACGGGCUCCUGUCGGUGCAAACCACUGAACGAUGUCCUCCAAAGUGAAGAUCGCGGGGGCUUCUCUGAGACUUCCGAGCAGGACCUGGUCGAAGAGGAGGACAGGUUACACAGCUUUCUGGGAACCAUGAAGGAAGAGUUUCUGAGGAAAUUCAAUUUAUCCGAUGUCCCACGGGAGCACAGCAAGAUAUACCCGCCGCCGUUCAUGAUUGAACUGUACAACAAGUAUGCCUCCGACACGUCCUCGAUGCCUCGUUCUGAUGUCAUUCGCAGCUUCACCGUUCAAGAUGUCAGUCACUCUGAAAAAAAUGGCACCAAGUCAAAACACAGACUUCUGUUCAAUGUAACUGUCCCAAAUCACGAAGAGGUCAACAUGGCAGAACUCAGGCUGUUCACCCUGCUGGAUAAUAGGACAACCUCAACCUCUACCAAUGGGAUCGGGGCUUCCAUAAAGGUCUAUGAAGUGGAGUAUAAAGGAAACAAGGCCAUUGCCCACCUUGUGGAUGGGAAAGAGGUCAUUGGGACCCAUCACUCUUGGGAAACUUUCGAUGUGACCACUGCCAUCCAGAGUUGGGUCAAGUCGGACCGCGGGGCCAGUGAGUUUGAAGUGGUGGUCGACAGGUGGGACUGUGGGCCUUUCAAAGGCGGAGGUUUGGACGUGAGCGUGAGCGUGGGCGUGAGGGAUAACACAGCAGCUGCUUUGAUAGUCUUCUCCGACGACCUGGGGAGCAGGAAGAGAGAGGCGAAGAAGGAGCUGAGGGAGAUGAUAGUUCAUGAGGAAGAGACACUCUUCUCAGGGAGCGACUGGCAAGGGACCGACUACAAUGAGAUCCCCGUGGACCUACACCCCAGGCGGAAGAGGCAGGCGGACACCAACUACUGCCGACGGACCUCCAUGCGAGUCAACUUCAAAGACAUCGGCUGGGACCAGUGGAUCGUAGCGCCCCCUGAGUAUGACGCCUUUGAGUGUAGAGGGGUGUGUUACUACCCCCUGACUGACGACAUGACCCCUUCCAAACACGCCCUCAUCCAGACCCUGGUCAAUCUCAAGAACCCCAAAAAAGCCAACAUGGCGUGUUGCGUUCCCACAAAACUCGACCCCAUCACGGUCAUGUACCAGGAGAAUGGUGUCAUCACUAUACGACACCCGUACGAGGAGAUGAAGGUGGCAAAGUGUGGAUGUAGGUAGUGAGAGGUAACAUCCAUGGUGGUCCCCUUUAACCCUUACUGUAAAUCUGUACAGUUCUGUUGUGAGAUGCAUUUGAGUUAUUUUAUUGAGUAUAUGUUCAGCAAAUGCACAGUCUGUCUAGAAUAGCAAUAAAGCCUAUGAU